AUGCCGUCCAACCAAGAAGCAUCAUUGCCCUACUGGCAGGUCAACGUUCCCGCCGACCAAAGGUCUACCGAGUGUCCGGANUUUUUGAAAGAUGCCAAUGAGAAAGACCAAAAGAUCCUAGCCACUCCAGAUUCGGAUUUUCGUCGUCUGUCGUGGUCAGAAGUCCAGGGACUUAUACGGACGAACCGCAUCGAUCUGUUCCAACGUGUACCAAGCGACCUUCGCCGAUACAAGGCUUACACUGCGAGGAUACGAAACCAAUAUGGCUCGGUCAUGAAUUUCGUCAUGACCGAGAGAUUGAAAUGGCAAGAUCUUGUGCCUCAAGGACAGCCCCUCGAGAAUUCAGACGACAUAAAAAUAUUGUUGAAUGACUGGCCUUACGGGAUUGAUACAAGGAUCGUGCAUCUCGUUGUCUGGGUGAAAUUCCAAGUGGAAGAAGACGACGUCAGUGGAGACUUGACCGAUGCAGCCAGGCAACAGAUUGAUUCCUACGUGGAACAAAGGUUUCGAAAUCAUGUCGGAUCCGAGAACUGCAUCUGGUUCAAGAAUUGGGCUAGUUUGAAGUCCAUUCAUGCUGUCGAGCACUUUCAUGUCAUGUUGUUCUCUCCGGACAAAGAAUUCGUGCAAGACGUCACAAACGGUGAUGUAGCACUGUCAGACAAGCUCGAGUUCAGCAACGUUUGA